UAACGAUUGCUGCAUCAUCUGGAUUAAGUAAACAAGAAAUUGAAAAGAUGAUACACGAAGCUGAAUCACAUGCAGAUGCAGAUCGAUUGAGGAAGGAAAUAGUUGAGGCAACAAAUCAUGCAGAUUCAGUUAUAUAUGAAACUGAAAAAGCAAUGACCGAAUAUCACGAUCGACUCAAUCAAUCAGAAGUUGAUAGUGUUAAAUCUCUAAUUCAGGAGUUACGUGAUAUGGUCGCUAGUUCGCAACACAGUGUUCAAGAUGAAUCUGAUUUGUCAUCAUCGUCAGGUAAAGCUGAAGAUAUUAGAUUGAAAGCUGCCGAUUUACAAAAAGCCAGUUUGAAAUUGUUUGAAGCAAUUGAAGGAGGACAAUCUGGUGAAAGUGGUGGUGAGUCAGAAGGUGAAUAUCGAGAUGUUAAAGAUGACAAAGACAAAUAA